AUGCAUCCUUCUCUCUUCCUGGCUGCCCUCUGCCUGGGAAUAGCCUCAGCUGCUCCACAACUGGAUCAGAGCUUAGAUGCACACUGGUCCCAGUGGAAGGAGGCACACGGGAAACUGUAUGACAAGGAUGAAGAAGGAUGGAGGAGAACAGUGUGGGAGAGGAACAUGGAAAUGAUUGAACAGCACAAUCAGGAAUACAGCCAAGGGGAACACAGCUUCACUCUGGCAAUGAAUGCCUUUGGUGACAUGACCAAUGAAGAAUUCAAACAGGUGCUGAAUGACUUUAAAAUCCAGAAGCACAAGAAAGGAAAAGCGUUCCAAGCACCUCUCUUCGCUGAGGUCCCCUCAUCUGUGGACUGGAGAGAACAAGGCUACGUCACUCCUGUGAAGGAUCAGGGUCAGUGUCUUGGUUGUUGGGCUUUUAGUGCAACUGGUGCCCUUGAAGGACAGAUGUUCCGAAAAACUGGCAAACUUGUGUCACUGAGUGAGCAGAACCUGGUGGACUGUUCUUGGCCUCAAGGCAAUAGGGGCUGCCGUGGUGGCCUGAUGGAAUAUGCCUUCCAGUAUGUUAAGGACAAUGGAGGCCUGGACUCAGAGGAAUCCUAUCCAUAUCUUGCAAGGAAUGAACCCUGCAAAUACAGGCCUGAGAAAUCUGCUGCCAAUGUGACUGCCUUCUGGCCCAUCUUAAAUGAGGAGGAUGGCCUUAUGACCACAGUGGCAACUGUGGGGCCUGUCUCAGCUGCUGUGGAUUCAAGCCCACAAUCCUUCCAGUUCUAUAAAAAAGGCAUUUAUUAUGAUCCAAAGUGCAGCAAUAAACUCCUGAAUCACGGCGUUCUGGUAGUUGGUUAUGGUUUUGAAGGAGCAGAAUCGGAUAACAAAAAAUAUUGGAUUGUCAAGAACAGCUGGGGCACAAACUGGGGCAUACAGGGCUACAUGCUGUUGGCCAAGGAUCGGGACAACCACUGUGGAAUCGCCACCAGGGCUAGCUAUCCUGUGGUGUGA